CGGAGGGGGAGGUGGCCGGUGGCUUCUCCCACGUCCGCCAUUUUGUUGCUGUGGCUAUUGGGAACGAGCUGAGCAAAGCCGCCCCGGAGGCGCAAGGCUCCUUGGGGUCCGGUGCUUAGUGUGACGGCAGGGUUCGCUGCAGACCCUGCGCGUUUCAGGUCGGGACUCGCCGGAGCCACCCCCGAUACGCCGGGCAGUCUAGGAGCUCCGGGGCGGCCUCCGCUGCGGCUCGGCUUUGCUCACCUCGACCCCAGGGCUCUGUCCCGCAUUCCCCGGGCCGGCUCGCUCUGUGAGGCGGCCCCGGAGCAGGCGGGCGGCGGUGGAGGAUGCUGCGGGUCCGGAGCGGAGAGGAAGGACCUGUCCCAGCUUUCUAAGCGCGCCUCGAGGUGUGCGGAGAAGCCCUUCCUCGGCUCCAAAGCCGUCUGCCGGCAAAGGCUUCCAGAACAAGAAGCCUGCAAGAGCAGCCGCCGCCCAGACCCUCCGCGGACCCCCCGGCCCAACACCAUGUCUUCCGCCAGGUUUGAUUCCUCAGACCGCUCCGCCUGGUACAUGGGACCUGUGUCUCGCCAGGAGGCGCAGACCCGGCUCCAGGGCCAGCGCCACGGCAUGUUCCUAGUGCGGGACUCCUCCACCUGCCCCGGGGACUAUGUGCUGUCGGUGUCCGAGAACUCGCGAGUCUCUCACUACAUCAUCAACUCCCUGCCCAACCGCCGUUUUAAGAUCGGGGAUCAGGAGUUUGACCAUUUGCCGGCCUUGCUGGAGUUCUACAAGAUCCACUACCUGGACACCACCACCCUGAUCGAGCCAGCGCCCAGGUAUCCCAGCCCACCAAUGGGAUCUGUCUCAGCACCCAACAUGCCUACAGCAGAAGAAAAUCUGGAAUAUGUACGGACUCUCUAUGAUUUUCCUGGGAAUGAUGCUGAAGACUUGCCCUUUAAAAAGGGUGAGAUCCUGGUGAUUAUAGAGAAACCUGAAGAGCAGUGGUGGAGUGCCCGGAACAAGGAUGGUCGGGUUGGGAUGAUUCCUGUCCCUUAUGUUGAAAAGCUUGUGAGAUCGUCACCACAUGGAAAGCAUGGAAAUAGGAAUUCCAAUAGUUACGGCAUCCCAGAACCUGCUCACGCAUAUGCUCAACCUCAGACCACAACUCCUCUACCUGCAGUUUCCAGUGCUCCUGGGGCAGCAAUUAACCCUUUGCCGUCCACACAGAAUGGACCUGUGUUUGCAAAAGCAAUCCAGAAAAGAGUACCCUGUGCUUAUGACAAGACUGCCUUGGCAUUAGAGGUUGGUGACAUUGUGAAAGUCACAAGGAUGAAUAUAAAUGGCCAGUGGGAAGGCGAGGUGAAUGGGCGCAAAGGGCUUUUCCCCUUUACGCACGUCAAAAUCAUUGACCCUCAAAACCCAGAUGAAAAUGAGUGAUUGCUAUUGCCUUGUUUCCUGCUGCUUCGUCAUUCUGCCUGUCAUAGUCUCCUUUGAAGUGGGAAAGCAUUCUCUCUCAUAGGCAAGUUACACUGCAUUGCCGAUGUCCAGCUUUUUGCAGACUGGUGAUCUCUCAUACACAUUUGGAAUGCACACAGUGGCUGCCUCCUGGCAUUUGUAUUAUAGUCGUAUUGUCAAAGAGUAGCUGAUUUUAGAGUUCUUUUGGAUCAUAAACUGGAAAUAUCGGUGGAAGCACACAAGUGAAGGGAAGUUGACAUGCAAAGAGUCUUCUCAUCACUGCCCUGUUUGUUCUUGGGACUGAGUCUGUCAUGCUUGCUGUUGAAAGCUUGAGGCCAAUGGCGAGAUCCUGCAUGUUGCUGUUCCACCAAGCAGUGGCUCUGCCACCAGCUUGUUUUUCUUUGGACAACGGAGAGAGUGAACCUUAAGAGAGAAUUCUGUCCUGAACACUCCAAAUCUAGCUUUUCUUUCAUUUUCUUUUGGUUUGGUUUGGUUUGGAAAACUAAUUAAUUAGACUUGUGUGUUUUGAACAGAUUUUUAAGUAGCAGGUUGGACUUUUUGUGAUAGUCCAAGAAAUAACACACACCUCUGAGCUUCUCCACUGAAGCUGCUGUAACUAAAGAAAUAUGAAGAGAACAGCCCUGAAGCGGAGGCCCUUACUAUCUUGGUUGCCGAUGUACCUUGUUUUGCCGUGCAGCAACCAACACACACACACAUACAAUCAGCAGUUAUGGUAUGCCAAGCUGGGUGCACAGUCUCUUGAAUUACUUCAUCCCCAAAAGCAUGAGAGUGGGAGGUAAUUUGGGGAAACCUCUGUUUACCUUGUUUGCCAGCAAAAAGAGCAGUGAAGAGUGGAGUAUUUGACCAGUUUUCUUUCCAGCUUUUUUGUGAAUUCACCACUUUACGGACUUAAAUUUCUGUUUAAACAUUAGGUGGUUCAUAGAAUUACUGGAUCCACUAAUAUGUCAUUAAAUUUUUAAAUUCUACUCAUUGAAGCCUACUCAGCCUUCCCUGCCCAGGCCCAGCCUCCCCAGGCUGCUGGAGAAAGAUGGUGCUGUCGGUUGGUGGCAUCCAUAAUGCUCCUGAGCAAAGAAAACGCAGACUCUGGAAACUGGUUCAUGCACUUGAAGUCUAGGUCUAGUGUUGUAGGGACUAAGGAGAACCCUUAAUCAAGUGAUGUUAAAGCAUUUCCCUGUUAAGCUAAUAGUGGCCUGUUUGAGGCUGGCAGACUGUCUCAAGUGGUAGAGCGCCUUCCUAGCAAGAGCAAGGCCCUGAGUUCAAACCCCAGUACCAACGAAAAAUAAAUAAAAUAUUUUAAAAAAAAAGAGAGAGACCUAUUUAUACAAGAUGAUUGGAGCCCAUGUGUGACUGAUCCCCAUCUGUACAUGGCAGACUAGAAUUCUGGAACCUUUAGGUGCAGUUCAGUUUGCUGUCCUUUCUGAACCCUGGUGAAGACAAGCUUCUGUUCAAAAUGAACACAGUUGGCCUAGAAACAGCAUGGCCUGGUGAAUAACUCUUAACAAUUAUAGAGCACCUACUAUAACUAUGGCCCUGUCUCUGGAUGUUCUUUGGUUUAGAGGUUUGGAGCAAUAUAUUCUGGUGGCAGAACAAGUAAAUACCCAUUUGUCCAUUUCUUUAUCAAUUUAUCUUAAAUCAGUAUUCUAUCAGGCUGAUAAGUGGUGUAUUGAGUCUUGAGAGUGUUCCUGUGAGAAAAUAACCAUCAGUUGGAAAAAAUACCACUGCCUGUCUGUGGUUUUCCUAAAAAAGUGUUAGAGAUCAGUGCUUUCUUAAGCAGAGAGAAGUGUGACCGCCCCCUUCUCUAAAGACUUUCCCUUGCCAGUUGCCUAUUGUAGCUAGGUCUGUUGAGUGGUGGACUUGUUCUGAGUUCAGGCUUAGCCCCAAGUGAUAUGUAGGGAACAGAGUCCCCAAAUUCUACCUAGAAACAGUGUCUGCCAGUGACCUACUUCACCUAUGCUCUUAUUGGCACCAUCUGCACCUGCGUGGAGUGUCUAACAGAAGGUGGAAAAUGUGCCUUGCUCAAAGAGGGCACAAACUGUAAAACCUUGGUUUGGUUUGGUUUGGUUUGGUUUUCCCAUUCCUGGAGAUUGAACCCCACCCAGGCCUCACACAUGCUGGGCAAGUGCUCUACCACUGAGGUAC